AUGGAGGCAGCCGCUGAUGGCAACAAUGCCCCGCACAUGGUGUUCAACAUGCUCGAAGACAAAUACAUCGGUCUCGCCCUAGCCAUCGUGUCCACGCUCGCAAUCGGAACCAGCUUCGUCAUCACCAAGAAGGGACUCAACGACGCCGCAGACAAGCACGGCUUCGAAGGAGAAGGGUUCGCGUACAUGAAAACGCCGCUGUGGUGGGCAGGGAUAGGGUCGUUGGUGGUUGGCGAAGUCGCCAAUUUUGCUGCCUACGCCUUUGCGCCCGCCAUUCUCGUCACUCCGCUGGGCGCGCUCAGUGUGCUUAUUGGAGCCGUGCUCGGUGCCUAUUUCCUCGGCGAGGAGUUGGGAGUUUUGGGGAAGCUGGGAUGUGCAAUCUGUCUGCUUGGAAGUGUGAUUAUCGUGCUUCACGCGCCGCCGGACCAGGAGAUUGAGACGGUGGAUCAGAUUCUGGCGUAUGCGAUCAAACCAGCGUUCAUCAUUUACUGUCUAGCAGCGAUUGUCUUCUCAACUGUCAUGAUCUACAAAGUUGCACCGGUGUACGGCAAGAAGAACCCCCUGAUUUACAUCUCGAUUUGCUCGACUGUCGGAUCGGUGUCGGUCAUGUCGGUCAAGGCCUUUGGAAUUGCCGUCAAGUUGACUUUUGCGGGCAACAACCAAUUUACACACCCCUCGACGUACGUCUUUAUGGUUGUUACCAUUGUCUGCAUUCUCACGCAGAUGAAUUACUUCAACAAGGCACUCAGCCAGUUUUCGACCUCGAUCGUCAAUCCCUUGUAUUAUGUCACGUUUACCACGGCCACGUUGUGCGCCUCGUUUAUUCUGUUCCAGGGGUUCAACACGACCGAUGCUGUUAAUACCAUUUCUCUCCUCUGCGGGUUUUUAGUGAUAUUCUCGGGGGUAUACCUGCUCAAUCUGUCGCGGGGUGAUCCCGAUGGCCAUCGACUGCUCAAUGGGAAAAUUGCAGACGAAGACGGGAUCCCGACGGACCCCUUGGCAGGCUUGCAAACACGAAGAAGCAUGCAAGCGAGAAGGAGUCUGGAUCCGCACCGACGGAGCAGCAGCCUCACAUUCAGUCCCGGAGGGUUAUUGUCAGGCGGAAGUCGACACGCGAGCGCGGAGAGUGCAGGGCUGAUGCAGAACUAUGACGUCGAGCACGGUGCUUUUGGAUUGUCGGAUCUCGUGGAAGAUCCAGAGGAGUUGGGGGCGACCUCGAAUCGAAGCGGAAGUCCCAGAGUGAGAGGGGAGCAAGUGACGAGGAUAAACGAGAGGCCCCAUCAAAAGAGUCUGAAUCGGUGA